UCCCCUUCUUUCUCUCCUUCUCUCUUUCCUUCUCUCUCCUCUCUUCUUUCUCUCCUUCUCUCUUUCUUUCUCUCCUCCCCUCCUUCGUUCCUCUUUUUCUUUUCCUCCUUCUCUCUUUUUCCCUCUCCUUCCCUCUCACUUAAAUGCCAUGUAUUUUCUCUUGGUUCUGCAGUUGGAGGUUUUUCUCCCCCGGCUGGAGCUUGGCUGAUAGGUUCAGUGCAGGGGCAGUCUCCUUAUUUGCAAAACCUGCAGCCCUGGGCCGGAUGAGUUGCGAUUCCAGCAACCAGAAAAACUCUCGGUAGCAGCAAAGGGACAGAGGAGCGGGUGCUGAGAGGUGUCUGAGGCAGCAGUGGCCUGUGGGGAAGUUGUAAACCUCUGGCACGGAUGUUUUGAGGAGCACUGUGGCUGGCCUUUCCUGCUGACCAUCACCCAGCUGAGGCCGUGGCUUGCAGAGAGCUCAGCCCUGGGUGAGGUGUGGGUGCUGGGGCACUCAGCGAUAGCUGCAGGGUGCUGAGCAUCCUCACAGCUCCACCUGCAUGCACUUUGGCUCUUUUCUGACUGGGAAACCUGGGGGAAUGAGGAGGAAGGAUGGCUUUGCACAGAGCAAAGUGUCCUUUAUUUCUUCCUGCCUCACACUCACAGCAAGCAGGGUUAGCUCACACACUGCAUGGCGUUUUCCAGCGUCUGUGCGUGUGUUGUCUGCCCUGCAGCAGGUAGGAAGGACUGGAGCUACUGGGUGAUCCUGACAGGCGAAUGCCCCAGGACGAGGGGAGGCUGCUCCUGCUGGCUCUGAGGUCCUGGGGGGGUCCUGCCCCCAGCACUUGGCCUUGCCCACGCAGGGCACCGGCUGCGGGGUCCUCACCUCCUGCCUGCUGGCUCCUGCCCUUCCCAGGCUGAGGCACUGCCAAGGCGUGCACGGAGCCCUCUGAGCAAAUCGUGUGGCAGGGGGUGGAAGAGCCAUAGGGUAACAUUAUGGUUUCCUUCUGUGUGUUUCUCAAAGCAUUGGCUAAAUAUUUAUCUGUGUUAAACAUCACAGGAUCUCUGAGAAGGGCACCGUCCUUGUUCCUAGCCCCACAACAGAGAGAGAAACUAAGAAUGCACUCAAGUUGCAAACAAACAACUUGAAGUACAAGAAAGAAUGAAAUGAGCAUCUCCAAAUGAAAAAUCCAGUUUCUUCAGCAACCUCCAGAAGGUGCUGAAAUACUUUGACAUCUCCAAGACUCUUUCACACUUUUCAAACAAGCUUGUCACAGUUUCCCGGAGCAUUAUGCAUCGGGUGAAGCUGCAUGUUCUGAGACUCCAGCUUCACCGCCGCUCCAGCCAGGUCUUGCUUCAACUUGGCAAUCUCUGGUGUUCUGGUCAACUAGGAAAUUGCAUUAUCUCAGUCUAAUUAAAUCAGCUUUUCAUCUUCGGCUGGAGCUUUCCUUGCUUUUUGGCCAUGCCCGUCUCCAUCACACUGUUGUGUGAUUAAAGAAUUAGUGCACUUCACCCAAGAGUGGCUGCACUAAGCUGUGCACAGAGCAGCUCCUGUGCCCGUGAGCCUGGUGCUCUCUGAUGAAAUUGCUGGAGAUUGGCUUUUGAGGCCAAGCUGUGAUGAGUAACAAUUAGGAGCAUCUGGCGAUGCUGGGAGCUGCAUUUCCUUCCGCUGGGCCUGCUCCUGCUGUUGCUCCCCCGGCAGCGUGGCCCACCCCGUGCCCUACAAACCCUGCAGGUUUGCCGAAAGGCAGGGUCUCCCCUUCCUCAUCUCAGCCAUGGUAAAGGAAAAUAACCACCGUAAAUGGGACACCAAGUUGUUUCCUCUCCCAUUCCUCUCAACAGAGGCAUGUUAGCAGCGUGUCCACCCCAUGCCGUGCUUCCUCCUUGUUUCCUUCCCCGCUGGUGGCUGGGGCUGGCCCCCAGUGUGUGCAAGGCAGAGCAGCCCCCUGUGCCUGCACCAGGGGUCAGAGGAACAGGCAGGCACUGGAUGAAAUGAGCUCCUGGUGCUUUCAAGGUUUUUUUUCCCAGUGACAGCUCCUGAGGAACGUGCUCAGUAAUACCUCAGCAUCCCCGGCGCAGGGAGGGGACGAGAGGCAAGGAGCCUUUCUAUUUCUGCAGGCUCCUGGCCACCACCGUCUUAACCCUCUGCUCGGAGACUCUUGCUUGCAAGGAGCCCCGUGCCGCUGCGAGCUGCAGAAGUGGAGAGGCCAUCCAGCAGGGAGGUGACGGCUAUGGCAAAGCACCACAGCAACUCCCGAUAUUCCCGAUAUCACACUGGGUGGUGUCAAGCGGGCUGAGAUUUUCCACGUUCCUCAGAGCCUUGCAGCAGGAUAGCAGCAGGGGACGGGCACACAGGGACGGGGCACUGACCUGCCUGAUAGCGUAAGAAUGCAGCUGUGCAGGAGGCGAGCAAGUAAGAGCUGGUAGGUGCUGGGGUAGCAUCAAUGUGUGCUCCUGGGAGGCCUCAGCCCCGAGCAGUAAUUUGCUGCCUGAGCUGAAAGGAGCUGGUGGUGCUGGGCUGGGUAAGGAGGGGAAGAGCUCUUCCCACGGCUAUGGUCACCGUCGCAGGCUCAGGAGUUCCUGGAGGAUGUGGUUCAGAAAUAAGUUGAUGCGUAUUAUUUUCCUUUGAUUCAUAAGCAAAACACAAGGGUGAGCAAAGGCUCCUCAGCACUUCCAGCACUGAUUUACUUGGCCAAAUAUUGCAGCAGCCUCUUUGGGCCUGUGUCUGUCAGAUGGGCAUGGGCUGGAGGUCUAGCUCGGCUGAAGUAUUUUGGGAGCUAUGGAUAAUAAGUGCAAAGAAAGUGCAAAGUUUUUAUUAUCUUAGAAAGCCAGGACCACCUUCCAUUUAGCACUUAAGCGCUCCUGUAGGUUUCAGAUAAGGCUCUCAAAGAUACAUGGAUGUUUCCCAGUGUUACCUCUUCUAAUAUUGACCUUUAUAAUUUUACAUAGGUAAAUAGCACUGGAACCAAGAGACGUGCCUGUGCCGCUGCUUGGUGCAAUAUUCAUCUUUUCCUUUCCCCCCUGCAGAACUCCCCAGGGCCCGGCACAAGCCCGCAGCACCCAGCCUGUGCCGUGGGGACCCUUCCUCAUCAUCGAACCCUGGUGCCAGCUCCGACGGGGCCGCUGCUGGUUGCAGCCACAGCUCGGGGACGUGGCAGCGCCUGUCACCUGCUUUCAGCGCCGGAGCUGCGAUGCUGGAUGACACGGCAGAAACGUGUGUGGUAUUUAGGGCACGCUCAGCGCCGGGGGCAGGGGGAUGGGAAUUCAUUAGCGGCGCCGCAUCUCUUUUAAUCAAGAGGCAGGUGCUGCUUCUCCUCAGGCUGCAGGCAGGGUUGGUGAUGGAGGAGCUGCGGGGAUGUGUGCUGAGCGGGGGGAGAGGAUGGGGCUGGUGGUGCUCGGGAGGUGUUCAUGCCAGGGAGAAAGAAAUACUACUUAGGGUGCCCUAGCAGGGGUGAGACACCGCAGGACGGACAAAACCAGGAGAUAGCUGGGUCGGGCCCCUUGCAGAGAAGCCCCCAAGUGAUGCGCAGCACAGAGGCUGGGAAGCCAGGCUGCAUUGCCCACCCUGGCAGCCACUAGAGCACUGUGAUCUCUUCCAGCGCUGAUGCUCUGAUACUCAAAUAUGAAUUACUGUGCCAAAAAAAAAAAACAAACUACAUUUCCCAGUUUCCUUUGCAGCCCAGGGGAAUAAGCAAUUGGAAGAUUUAAAUAGACCAGACCAGAAGCAACCAACCUUUGGCACAAAGCAUUUCCCUCCUCUUCUUCCAAUCUAUUGGCUGUUUAACCUUUUUCCCUGGCACUGGAGUGGCUGCCAAGCCUGGCAUUAACUUUCCUUCCAAGCUUGCUAGGCCCAUGAAGUAAACAGCCAUGUGCAUUCCUUACUCUAUAUUUAACAGCUGCAGUCUGUGCUGGGGGCAACUGCAACAGAGGGGAACCUUUGUAGCUUCCCAAAUCCCCAGCUCGUGAGGGUGGGAGUGGGGGAAGCUUUCCGCAAGGAGAAGAGGGAUUUCUCUCCUUCCCGGUGUUUGCAAAGCAGGUUCCGUUAGCGAGAGACUGCAAUGCCAGCAUCCCAGCCGCGGUCCAGGGCACGAGACAGGAACAAUGUCCUCAACAGGGCUGAGUUCCUCUCCCUGAACCAGCCCCUGAAAGGGACCCAGGAGAGCAGGAGCCAGGGGAGGAAGCAGAGCGGCCAGGCGGGAGCAGCCGGCACCCAGAACAGCAGCCCCAAGGAGCGGAGGCAGUCGCAGCAGCUGCCCGAAGAGGACUGCAUGCAGCUCAACCCCUCCUUCAAGGGAAUCGCCUUCAACUCCCUGCUGGCCAUCGACAUCUGCAUGUCCAAGCGGCUGGGAGUGUGUGCCAACAGAGCGUCGUCCUGGGGAGGCGCCCGCUCCAUGAUCAACCUUCUGGGGAUAACGGGGCACGGGAUCCCCUGGAUCGCGGGCACGCUCAUCUGCCUGGUGAAGAGCAGCACGCUGGCAGGCCAGGAGGUCCUCAUGAACCUGCUGCUAGCCCUGCUGCUGGACAUCGUGAUCGUGGCGGGCCUGCAGAAGCUGGCCAAGCGGAAGGGCCCGUACGACGUGAGCCCCGGCUUGUUGGACUACCUGACCAUGGACACCUACGCGUUCCCGGCCGGGCACGCCAGCCGGGCGGCCAUGCUCUCCAAGUUCUUCCUCAACCACCUGGUGCUGGCCAUCCCCCUCCGCAUCCUGCUGGUCCUUUGGGCCCUCUGCGUGGGCUUUUCCCGCGUCAUGAUCGGACGGCACCACAUCACCGAUGUCCUCUCCGGCUUUGUUUUCGGCUACUUGCAGUUCCGGCUGGUGGAGUUGAUAUGGAUGUCUUCCAACACGUGCCAGAUGUUGAUAUCGAUCUGGUGAACGUGGGGGACUUGGUGCCUUUGCACUGGAAACUAGCAGAUACGUUCAGAGUCUCCCUCCCGGUAUUUUCUACAUGUUGUUUGUCGGAAACAGUUGCACCUUCCAUGAGUAGUGGCGUUUUUUAAUGUUGCUUCCCCGCCUGAAAAAAAAAAAAAAAGAGUUUCUUGCAAUGGGUUGGGUUUUAGCACCCAAGGGCCGUACCUGUGAUUUCGGCCGUAUUCUCAAACUAGAGUUGGACAGCAACCAAAUUAAGCUUUACGGGUGAGAGAAGUGAGCUACAUGUCUGCCUUGGGGUGGCUCACAGCAGCACCUCGGUACGUCCUCAGCAUGGGCAGUGCCUGAGAGCCUCCUGAGGACACAUUCGUUAACGUUUUUGAGGCUAAAUGAUUUGGGCCGCAGUGCUGCGACUGUGUCUUGUACAGUCAGGGCACUGCUGGCGUUUCGCAGUUAAUAAAUAAUCCUAAAAAUCC